CCCGCGCGUUUUUUUUUUUGCGCGCCAUGGCGGCGGCGGUGGCGGCCAUGGCCUCGACGCCGUCGGGUCCGCGCUCGCGGGGCAGCGCGGCGAGCACCCCUCUGAGCCCCACGCGCAUCAGUCGCCUGCAAGAGAAGGAAGAGCUGCGGGAGCUCAACGACCGCCUGGCCGUCUACAUCGACAAGGUGCGCAGCCUAGAGAUAGAGAACAGCGCGCUCCACCUCCAGGUCACCGAGCGAGAGGAGGUGCGCGGCCGGGAGAUCACCGGAAUCAAGUCCCUCUACGAAGCCGAGCUCGCCGAUGCCCGGCGAGCCUUGGACGACACGGCCCGGGAAAGGGCCAAGCUGCAGAUCGAGCUGGGCAAGAUCCGCAACGAGCACGAUCAGCUCCUGGGCAACUAUGCAAAAAAAGAAUCUGAUCUAAAUGGAGCAAUGCUUAAGCUUCGAGAGUUCGAAGCUGCUCUGAAUGCUAAAGAAGCUGCACUUGCCACAGCACUUGGUGAUAAGAAAAGCCUGGAAGUGGACCUUGAAGAUUUAAAAGAUCAGAUUGCUCAGCUUGAAGCCGCUUUAGCUGCUGCUAAGAAGCAGCUCGUGGAUGAAACUUUACUGAAAGUGGAUCUUGAAAAUCGCUGUCAAAGUUUGAUUGAAGACCUGGAGUUCCGAAAAAAUAUUUAUGAAGAGGAAAUCAAUGAGACAAGAAGAAAGCAUGAGACCCGUCUUGUUGAGGUGGACUCUGGGCGUCGGAUAGAUUAUGAGCACAAACUUGCUCAGGCGCUUCAAGAAAUGAGAGAGCAGCAUGAUGUGCAAGUGAAAAUGUAUAAGGAGGAGCUUGAAGAGACAUACCAUGCCAAACUUGAGAACGCCAGACUCUCUUCUGAAAUGUCUAGCUCUGCAGCCAACACUGUCAGAGAAGAACUCAUGGAAAGUCGCAUGCGCAUUGACAGCCUCUCUUCCCAACUGGCUAAUUUGCAGAAAGAGUCUAGAGAAUGGCUAGAAAGGAUGCAAGAACUGGAGGAUAUCCUGGCUAAAGAAAGAGAUAACUUUCGCAGGGCACUGUCUGAUAAAGAGAGAGAGAUGGCAGAAAUAAGAGACCAGAUGCAACAGCAGUUGAGUGAUUAUGAACAACUCCUUGAUGUAAAAUUGGCGCUUGACAUGGAGAUCAGUGCAUACAGAAAGCUCUUGGAAGGUGAAGAAGAAAGAUUGAAACUUACUCCCAGCCCAUCUUCUCGUGUGACAGUCUCUCGGGCAUCAUCCAGCCGCAGUGUGCGCACAACCAGGGCAAAGAGGAAGAGGGUUGAUGUUGAGGAAUCUGAGGCCAGUAGUAGCGUUAGCAUCUCUCAUUCAGCUUCCGCUACUGGAAAUAUCUGCAUUGAGGAAAUAGAUGUAGACGGGAAGUUUAUCCGCUUGAAAAAUACUUCUGAGCAGGACCAACCACUGGGAGGUUGGGAGAUGAUAAGAAAAAUAGGAGACUCUUCUGUCACUUACAAAUAUACCUCAAGAUAUGUGCUGAAGGCAGGCCAGACCGUUACAAUAUGGGCUGCUAAUGCCGGAGUAACAGCCAGUCCUCCUUCUGACCUCAUCUGGAAGAACCAAAACUCUUGGGGCACUGGCAAAGAUGUUAAAGUUGUGCUGAAAAACUCUCAGGGAGAGGAAGUUGCUCAGAGAAGCACCGUCUUCAAGACAACUUUACUUGAAGCUGAAGAGGUGGAGGAAGUAGAUGAAGAACCAGCUGAAGCUGUAGAAGAAGAGGAUCUAUUCCACCAGCAGGGAGACCCACGAACAGCCAACAAAAGCUGUGCAAUCAUGUAAACUCGUCAUCUGUAUAUCCUCAGUUAUGUUAAUCCCUUCCUGCAGAGGAGAACCUGCUUGGAAGCACAAUAUUUUUGUAUUUCCUUUUGUGAAUUUUAAAGCUGUGUCUGGCCUUAAUUUCCUUUGUCACAGAGAUGGAGGUUUUUGUAAGUGAAACCCAUAUAUAUAGCUUUUUGAAAUGUGAAAUAUUGACACUGAAUAAUGUACUGUUUUCAAAAACAGCCCUCAUUUUUAUGCUGGUCCUUUUCUAAUAUCUUCAUUUAAGAAUAACGAACUACUGUGUGGGGGGUUUGUUAGUUAGAUUAGCCAUCUACUAUUUGUCCUUUUACAUUAUUAGAUGUUUUUUGGAAGGGGAAGUAAAGGGGCACUCAACAAAACCUUUUGUACUGAAAACUUUUGUAUUUUAGCUAUCAGGUUAUACAAGUUUUACUUGGAACAUUUGUAAAGAAUAUUAUCCAACAAUUGCAUCAUAAAUAGAAGGAUGAAGGAUUCAAUAAAAUUCUUUUGCUAGUUUUGCUUCACUUAGAAACUUAACCGCAAAUCAGGCUUAUGAUAAUGUGUUAGGUGUGUUUUUUAAAUUCUAGUGUAACUUGCAUACCUUUUCAUGUCAAAUUAACAAAUAAAAGUUACCUUAAGA